AGACUGGAGGACCUGUAAGAGUGUCAGCUGAAGUAACACCCCCCAAGAUAUAUAUAGAGGCUAUAAACAUCACCUCUACCCUCAUUAUUCUGCUAGACAACUACUUCAAUCUCAAGAUUUCUAAAUUGCUAAUAGGAUCCUCAAGAACACAGCUAUGGGUGCAGUAGGUGCAGAAGUAGUGUUGGUGGAUGAAAUCCCUUUUCCUUCAGUGAUCACAACCUCCAAGCCAUUAGCUCUGCUGGGUCAUGGGAUCACAGACAUUGAGAUACACUUUCUGCAAAUCAAGUUCACAGCAAUUGGGGUUUACUUGGACCCUGAGAUUGUGGGACAUCUGCAGAAAUGGAAGACCAAGAAAGGAACUGAGCUUGCAGAAGAUGAUGACUUCUUUGAUGCUCUUAUUUCUGCUCCUGUUGAGAAAUUUCUAAGAGUUGUGGUGAUCAAGGAGAUCAAAGGGUCUCAAUAUGGGGUGCAGCUUGAGAGUUCAGUGAGGGAUAGGUUGGCAGCUGAUGACAAAUAUGAGGAAGAGGAGGAGGAAGCCUUGGAGAAGAUUGUUGAGUUCUUCCAAUCAAAAUAUUUUAAGAAGGAUUCCAUCAUCACAUUUCAUUUUCCAGCUACUUCCCCUACAGCUGAGAUUGUGUUUACUGCUGAAGGGAAGGAGGAUUCGAAGAUCAAAGUGGAAAAUGCCAAUGUUGUCGAGACGAUCCAGAAAUGGUAUUUGGGUGGAACAAGAGGGGUUUCUCCUUCAACCAUAUCUUCCUUGGCUAACACACUCUCUGCUGAAUUGACCAAGUGAACCUUCACUUGGCCAUUGUUGUGUGGUUGUAAUGGUUUUAAUUUAGCGGGUUGGUACUGGUUUUGCUUAUUGUGCUAGCUGUUCUAUAUAUGUAAUAAAUUGGUCCUGAUAUGAAUGUAGAGCCGUUGGAGUGCCAUUUCUUUUGA